UAUGAGAUUGAUAUUACAUAAUCUUCCUUAAUCACACAGAAAUAUAGCAAUUAAUUGCUUCUCUCUCACUCUCUCUAAAAGUAGAGAAUUUCCCCAUAUAAAAAAGCCUCGAUUGUCGUAGUUGGCAGCAAUUAUUGCUUUUCUUUCCCCUUCCAGUAAGGUGUAAGGCGAAUCUUGAUACGCCAUGGUUUUUUUGCACCAGCUUGAACAGGCCAUGCAGUCCAUCCAGAGCCACACAACUUCAGGAACUAUGCAACAGAUCUAUCCUCUGGGACAACCUCCGCCGGCCAAGCAUUACAGUCCAUUUUCAUCCUUGCCAAGGAAAGAGCCUAAAUUGCAUGCAGCCCAGAAGCACCGGCUGGCAGAGCAGAACAGAAGGAACAGAAUCAGCGGCCAAUAUGCCACCCUCCGUGCCAUCCUCCCCAGCCUACCCAAAACGGAUAAGAGUAAGCUCAAAAAGGCUUUUGUGCUUGCUGAGACAAUCCGUAGGGUGAAGGAACUUAAGAAGCUUGUAUCAGAGAAGAGAGCAGCCAAUCGUGAAGCCAGGGGAUGUGGGUUACCCAGUGGGGCAGAUAGGCUGAGCUUAGAACAGUGUGAUGGUGGUGAAGGGAUGGUGAAGGCGGUACUGAGCUGUGAGGACAGGCAGGACAUAAUGGCAGAACUGAGCAGAGCUCUGAAAACGGUGAAGGUGAAGCUGGUAAGAGCUGAGAUGGUGACUGUUGGUGGAAGGUGCAGAUUUGCUUUGUGGGUGCAGGGGCCCAAAGAAGGACCAGGGGUGCUUAAGAGGGUUUUGGAGGCUGUUAUGAGGAGGCCUUCAUGGAUUGCUAGAAAACCGAGAAAUGAUUGGCGUACUCCAGCCCCCAGCAGCUAACAAGAAUGCCUUUUUUCUCGAAAAAUGUCUUGUUUUUCUUCGAGUACCAUCUAAGAAACACAUCUACUGACAUGAGGCAUGGAUAUAACACAGUACCGAUACAUUCAUGCAUCAUUUUCUAAAAAUUUAGGACACGAAAUUUAGGACUUCUUUACCACGAACAGUAUCUACAUGCUUACCAGACACCAUCAAUAAAGAUUUGACCGUUUAAAAGAAAUAGGUAUCAUUUUCUGCAUUUCUCCUUGUCAAAAAUUUAAUGAUGACCAACAAAAUAUGAGUGUUAAACCGUAAGUACCUAAGUAUUAUUCUUUUGGUAAAGAGAUUUGGUAGGUCGGUCUCAGAAAAGGCUGAUGAACUCAUUCUUCUCUCCCCAACCAAAUCCCAUCAAACUCAAAAACAGUCAACGUUCAAAGUCUUUAUAUAACCAUCAUGGCCCAAUGCUCCUUCAACUCAAGUCAACAAGCUGAAUCAAUACAGUUGAAAAGGCUUGUCUCAUUCUUAUUCAACCA